AUGCUUUCCCACUCCCUCCUCGCAGCAUGCAUUGCAGGCAUUGCCCUUGCUGCUCCUACUGUCACUGUCGAGAAGAGAGCCGAUAAAUGCGGCCAAUAUGACUCCAUUUCGACAGGCACAUACACCGUCUACAACGACCUAUGGGGUGAAUCCGGUGCGACGUCUGGAUCAGGAUGCUUCGGUGUCGAUAGCCUGAGCGGUAGCACCGUCAAGUGGCACUCUACAUGGACCUGGGUUGGCGGCAGCGGCGUCAAGUCUUACCCGAAUGUCGUGGUGAAGGAGUCUACAGUGAAGCAGCUUAGCGCCAUCAAGACCAUCCCUUCGACCUGGAGCUGGAGCUACACAGGCACUAACAUUGUAGCGGAUGUGGCUUACGAUAUGUUCACCUCGUCCACCGCCACUGGCUCGAACCAGUACGAGAUCAUGGUCUGGCUCGCAGCUAUUGGUGGCACUGGACCGAUCUCGAGCGGCUAUGGGUCCGAUGGCAAACCCACCAUCAUCGCUACCACGACCAUCGGCGGCCACAGCUUCAACCUCUACAAGGGUCCCAACGGCAGCACGACCGUGUACUCUUUCGUCCCAGCCAGUGGACAGAUCGCCAGCUUCAGUGGCGACAUCAAGCUCUUCCUUGCCUACCUUGUCCAGCAUGAGGGUCUGCCGAACACUCAGUACUUGACAAGUCUUGGUGCGGGUACUGAGCCGACGAGUGGCAGCAAUGCCAAGUUCACUGUCUCGGGGUACAGUGUAGUGAUCAAUUAG